AUGAUGGAGGCUGAAACUGUUGGUAAUCUCGUUCAAAAGAUGAUUAUUUCACUUUUUGGGGAACAAAAACCAGAAAUAACUAGGAAGUGGAUGCGCUUCUGCCUUGGAUUAUUGUCAUCAACCCAAGGAGUAGAAACAUUACAAGAAGAUGAAAUUACUGUAGGAAGCCAAAUAAGAGAAAAGUUAUCAGUAUGUGAUGCAGCACAGUUUGAUAAAUUAUAUAAUGAGUUAAGAUCUGGGUCAUUGAAGAACAGAACACAAAUCCUGAUAUUUUUGUUAAACAUGUGUCAAUCAGCAGAACAGUUAAGGGAUAGAGUUUUCUCAGCUCCUGAUUUGAAAUUAGGUUUAUGCUCGUCUUCUGCAUCCACUAGUGGACAAUCAUCUGAAAUUUCUGCACCACCACAAAUUGUAUCUAUAAAUAACACAGACAAAAAUACAAGAGAUUUUUUAACCAGUUCUAAUAAAAUAUAUGGAGAAGAGUAUAUUUCAGAAGAUAUAUUGGUUCAAGAUCUUAUAUAUUCUUUCCUAGGUAUUGAAGGAAAGAUAUUAAAGUUAGACUCCAAUUAUGGUUUCCAAAUAGAUCCAAUGAUUAGCAUUGAUAGGCCACGGAAACAGGCUACAUUGAGAUUAAGUGAACUUGGAUAUUUACAUAACAUAAUUCAAAAAGGUUUAGAAAGAAUGUCAGUUGCUUCGAGUGGCCAAGUGGCUGAUAGUUUUAUUGCAUCGUUACAUUCUGAGUUAUCGGAAUACUACAGGUUUAUAGCCCUUAUUCAAGAAGAAGUGAGCAGAGUUCAAUCUGAAUCAGGAAUAUACAGAGUUACACUGUCCCAUUUGCAUCUUUGGGCAUAUGAUCCUUUAGAAACUUUAAAAUGGCUAGCAGGUAUAGUAAGAGCUUGCCAAGGACAAAAAGGUGGCGCAUUAGCUUCUGCAGUAUAUGAAUUUAGUAACCAUGGUGAUGCCAGUGUGAAAAAAUUAGUUAAAAGGAUUUUACAAAGUGUUUGUGAUCCUCUGUACAAUAUGUUGAUAAGAUGGAUAGCAGACGGUGAAUUAGAUGAUCCGUAUAGAGAAUUUUUCAUUGAAGCUUGUGCUGAUAUUACCGGAGAGAGAAUGUGGCAUGAGAAAUAUCAAGUUCGCAAUAAUAUGCUACCAUCUUUUAUUACAAAAAUGCAAGCUAGAAAAAUUUUAGGAACAGGGAAAAGUAUUAACUUUUUGCGUGAAGUGUGUAAAGAUUUUACUCCAUGGCAAGGAAAACAUACAAAGAUGUUCAAAAAUUUCAGCGAGGAAUAUAAAGUUGACGUUCUUUUCGAUAUGGACCCCGAUGGUCGAUUACAGACGAUGAUGGACACAGCUUAUAAAGAAACUUCAACUAGAGUAGUUGAAGUGUUAACAAAGCAGUAUCACCUCAUGGAACAUUUACAUGCAAUCAAAGGUUAUCUGUUAUUAGGACAAGGAAACUUCAUUCAAUAUCUUAUGCAUUUAUUAGAACCAGAAUUAGAUAAACCAGCCAGUUCUGUAUAUCCACACAACAUCUCUUCUAUUUUGGAAACUGGAAUAAGAGCGACUGUUACAAAGAUAGAUGACUUAGAUAUACAUAGGCGACUUGAUGUAAGAUUAUUAGCACCUUCGGAAAAUGAAAGGGGAUGGGAUGUCUUUAUUUUGGAUUAUAAUGUAGGAGGUCCUAUUGGAACGAUUUUAGAACCUUGUAGGCAAAUAUAUCAGACUGUAUUUUUUGCUUUAUGGAGAGCAAAAAGAAUGGAAUCUAUAUUAUCUGCAAUUUGGAAACGUCAAAUAACUUCAGCAAAGAUGUUCCGUAAAAUGCCUGAAGUAUUGCCAAUUCAAACUCACAUUCAUUUAAUUACAAGUAGUAUGGUUCAUUUGGUUCAUCAAAUGCAAUAUUUUUUCUUAUUUGAGGUAAUCGAGUGUUCUUGGGAUGCAUUCGCAAAACAAUUAGCACAAGCAGCAUCAUUGGAUGAUAUUAUCACAGCACAUAACCAUUUCAUAGAUGCUGUAAGACGUGGUACACUGUUAGAUGAAAGAUCACAGGAACUUAUGGAUCACUUACGUUCCGUAUAUGGCCCAAUUUUAGACUUACAAAAUCUUGAAGAAACGUUUCUUACACGUGCAACACACGAGUACGAAGCACGAUUAAAGGAUAACAAUACGUUAAAUGUAACUCUAGCAAUGUCAAAUCGGUUAGAUUUGUCAGAAACUAAUGAUGCAGAAAUUACCAAACGUCAAGCAGCAUUUUCGAAAUAUUUAAACACACUUUCAAUUCAGCUUAGAUUGCUUUCGAGAACAUAUCAGGAUAGAGUGAAAAAGUUUCUUAUAAUGCUUGCAUCAGCCGAAGAUGUGUCUUUACAGUUGUUAAGUGUACGUUUAGACUUCAAUGAAUAUUAUAAAAGUAAAGAUAGUCGUCUUGUUGUGCCAUUAACAUAUUUGCACCGUAGGCAAAGUGACCAAAGCUAUCUUAAUUGUAAAUAAUAAGUAAAAAAUUUAUCAUCGCUAAUUAUAAACAUAAUUUAAAUAUGUUAUUUUUUUAAUAAAAAUUGUCUAAAUAAA